AUGCCCAAUCCUCCCCACCAAGCAAACAACCCGGAGAUCACUGUGCUGCCAGUGACAGCCAGUGUCGAGGAGGUUUCCAAUGUCAUUCGUCGAGACGGAGGUCUGAUCAUCAAGAACUUCUUCUCUCUCGAGGAUAUCAAGCAGAUUCACCGGGAGGUUGGGCCACACUAUGGAAAGACGGGUAGCUACAACGGCACCCUCUUCAACGCCGACGAUCCUCCUGUGAGCGGCCUCUGCGGCAAGUCCUAUACGGUCGCUCACAAGAUGCUCAACCAUCCGCUCUACCGAGACGUAGCCAAGGAACUCUUACGUGAUGUGACGUGUGUCAGCCCUCGCACCUUUCUCAUGUCUAAUAGCUAG